GUAGUCGAGAAUCUGCUUUUGUACACGCCAUCUCCUCUGCUGGAGUUGUUUUUGCCAUCACCAGGGCAUGUAGCCAAGGGGAGCUGAAAUCCUGCUCUUGUGAUCCCAAGAAGAAAGGCUCUGCCAAGGACAGCAAGGGCCAUUUUGACUGGGGUGGCUGCAGUGAUAACAUUGACUAUGGCAUUAAAUUUGCCAGAGCCUUUGUGGAUGCCAAAGAACGGAAAGGAAAAGAUGCCAGGGCACUGAUGAACCUUCACAACAACAGAGCUGGAAGGAAGGCUGUGAAGCGGUUUUUGAAACAAGAGUGCAAGUGUCACGGUGUGAGUGGAUCCUGCACUCUAAGGACCUGCUGGCUGGCCAUGGCAGACUUCAGGAGAACAGGAGAUUACCUGUGGAAGAAAUACAAUGGAGCAAUUCAGGUGGUCAUGAAUCAAGAUGGCACGGGUUUCACUGUGGCUAAUAAGAAAUUUAAGAAGCCAACUAAGAAUGACCUGGUAUACUUUGAAAGCUCUCCAGACUACUGUAUCAGGGACAGGGAUGUAGGCAGUGUUGGCUCUGUCCAUGACAACUACCACAAUUUCUGGAGAGUUGUGCCAGCCCUUGUGGGAAGAGAUAAAGUAUUGGUGAUGCUGUUAGCUCUGGAUUUUCCUGCUUCAGAGGUUCGAUAG